AUGUAUCGCGCUUGGGUUAUCAUCACUUUAAUCCUCUCCGUUUUGGCUGUAACCCAGCCCACAGGCGAGAGCUCCACACCGGGCGGGGGAGGCUUCAGAAGUGGCCUACGCCGUGUUGGUUCCAAAAUAGGGGAAUCUCUUAAACACCCUAAAAGGGAGCUUUACGUGUGUUCCAAGGUUGAGACAACUAUUCUAAAGCAAUGGGAUCGCAGUAGAUGGCACCUUGUGGCGCAGUGUCCACCCCGAGAUGUCGGCAAACUCACCAAACCAAGACCCCAGCAAGACGGCCAACCUCCUCAGGAAAACCCACCCCGACGUGUUAGUGACGCCGAUCAAAACCCGGGUAUCGGUGUUUCAAGGCUUCCCUUGGACAAAUGCCUCGGUUGGGAUGAGCAAAAUGGACAAUUUACUUGGACAGCUGAUGGGAAUGGUAUUGAGAAAGGUCAUUGCUCAGAAUGCAAGGUAGAAGGGGUGCAAUCUGUAGCGGAAGGCGAGGCAGGGAAAGGGAAGAGGGCAGACAAGGGGAAGACAGCAGAAAGAGGGAUGUCAUUCACACUCACAUGUAAAUGUGACAGGAAGGCAGGAGAGAGAGGUAAAGCUGAUGUGAGAUUCGAGUUGGUUCCAAAGGUGAAAGUCGCGAGCAAUGGUGCGAUCAGUUGUCAUGGAUACAAGGACAACCUCCAUCCCAACAUUGAUUAG